AUGGACACCCUAUAUGCUGGACCAUCGAAAUCAACGAUAGAAGAGAAUUCGAUCACGGAUCAAGUUGGACAUGAACUUGCGGAUACAGCAGCCAAGCUUUCAGGCUCGUUUUCUGGAAUCCAAUGCUGGAGAAUUCCUCCAGUCACAAAAGGAAAAAGUUCUCGAGUCCCUUGGUUUACACGACUUGGUCAGGAAGAUUGUCAUCGGAUCGAUCUGUCUCCUGUUAGUGAUUGCUGUUGCAAUCUUAUAUAUUGUCAAACAGCGUUGUUUCGAAUACCGCUGAACCUUCUUUUCCGAGCCAUAGGUAGCGUAACGUUUUUCAUCUUCACCUCUAUCUGCAGAAGGAAGUCUUCUCCCUCGUCCGCAGCCGUGAAAAAUCAUCGACAAUCUCGGAAUAACACGGUCUCUAAUAGUGAGCCAAUGAGUGUGUCAAUUCAACUUCCUGCAUGUAUAAAUGUACCAGCAUCUAGUCUUCCAGCCCCCCAUCUUCAAAUGAUAAAUCUGCCGGCUGCGCCAAUUCCAACGCAUCAUCAGCAAGCCGUUUUACCGUCUUCGAUGAUCACCCUACCUUCGCAACCUAUGCAGCAAUCUGCUAAACAGUUUAGGAAUUUCUUCCCAGGUAUCUCCUCAGUCCAUCUUGGAAAUGCCAGUCAAGUGAUAUAUGUCCCGGUAAAGCUCGACGAUUCCUCUAUAGUAGCUCUUCUUGACACUGGAUCUGCUCUAACGAUUGUCUCUGAUACAGUAGCUCGAAAGUUGAACGCUCAACUGUCUCAAUCUACGAUUACAAAAGGCAUCACAGCAAAUGGAUCCAUCAUGAAACUACUAGGUCAAUUUACACCAAAUCUCACUAUAGGACAGAGAACAAUGCAAAUCACUUGCUACGUCGCUUCUGAUGCAAACUGCUCCUCUCCGUUUAUUCUGGGCAACGAUGUUAUCCAACAAUUCGCACAAACAGUGUCGAUAAACUACCACUCUAACACUGUUUCUUUUGACAAGAUUAUCAUCCCAUUCACGAACCCCAACCAUAACAAAACUAUAACUUCCCCGCUCUUCCAGUUUACAUAA